AUGAGUACCAAGUUUCUUAUUGACAUAGCUGAAGAUUAUAAACAGCUGUAUGAAACUAGGGAAAAUUAUGAUGUAAUUAUUUACGCCGGUGAAGAGCCAAAUACUGAAGAAAUUCAUGCACACUCUUUGGUUCUUCGUACCAGAUCUGCUUAUUUUCGUGGUGCUUUUACUUCUGGUUGGGCAACAAAAGACGAAGAUACUGGAUGUUUCAUCUUUAAGAAGCCUAAUAUCUCUUCAUCAAUUUUUGAACUUCUUCUUAAAUUUUUAUAUUGCGGGGAAGCUGAUAUUUAUGAUCAAGAAGGAGAGACUAUUUUGGAUCUUCUGGUUGCUUCAGAUGAAUUUGGUCUUACAAAACUUAUUGACCAUAUCCAGCAAUAUUUUGUUGAAAAUCAGAAAAAUUUUUUACAAAAAAAUCCUGUAGGGACACUUCACAUUGCUGCUCGUCAUGAAGCCUUUAAUGAACUUUUAAAAUUUUCUUUAGAAACUAUUUGUGCUAAUCCUGACAUUCUAUUUAGUACAAAUAAUAAUAAUGGAUAUUAUCCUAAUAUUGGCAUUCAAAAUGGUACCCAAAUUGAGGAUUAUGAAGUGUUUCAA